AUGGGUCGAAAGGCGUCGGGCCUGGCGUCGAAUGCCAGAUAUUCCACUCCGGAGUCGCUUGCUGUUCACUUCGGGUCCCCGUUGGCCCGUGCGCCGCGCUACCCCCUCGCUUACCGCAGCACAAGAAGCUUCGCUGCUUGCGACCUGCCCCGUCCAGGCUUCUUUGAACUUAUCACCCCCCGUCGCGGAUUAGUCGCCACCGACCCAGACAAAAACGCCUGGCUGAAACUUCGACGCGGCCCAAAAGAGUUCGCCCAACACGCCCAUGCCAUGACAGCAGCCCCUUCGAUCGCGUUUCCGACUAUGGAGGUUCCCGUUCUUGACGACACAAUGGAGAUGGCGUCCCCUUAUCAGGGACACGCCGAUGAUUUUGACAUCGACCUGGAUGUAAUGGAAGACCAGGUCUCGAACGCCGACAAGGAUAUGAUGGGUGACGACGACUACCUAGAAAACACCCAUGAAACCGAAUACGAUGCCGAUAUGAUCGAUGAUGUUGUCGAGCCCACCAUGGUCGAUGCAGACGACCACUACCCCGAAACGAGUAAUAGCGUGGAGAUGCAGUACAACGAAAAAAUAUACGAGGCAGAAAUGGCCGAAGACGACUUCGACGAGGAUAUCGAUGCCCACGUGUCCGACUUCCAGGAAGAAGCAAACCCUGACAUUCCUCCUGGUCAUGUGAAUGAUCAAGACGGACAGGCGGUACAACAGACACAGGACGUGCAGGAAAUGCCAGCAAUACAAGAAGAGCAGGAGCGCGUGGAAGGAACAAAGUUAGCCACAGAUGGCAACAACACCACCACCGUGGAACCCCAGAUUGAAGUCCCGGUCGAUGAUAGUGUUGCGCCGGAUCACGACCAACAGGAAUACCUCCAGCCCCAGCACGAGAACCACGGCAAAGAGAAUGUGGAACAGGAACGUGAAGCGGAUCAACCGGAAACUAUUCCGGAUACAGAAAAGAGCCAGCAGGAUACUAACGAAACAGAACAAGUAGAACCCCAGGAAAUAGAUCCUGCAACGCGUGACGACAGCGACGCUACUCCUAAACAGGCUCAAGGUGAAGAACGCGCCCAUGACGGAAGUCAGUCAUCUGUCGACGAACAGCAAGAUGUCGAAGAGAAGGUCGAAGGCAAAGAAACGAUUGACAACCUUGAAGAAGUCGGACAUGAUACGCAUGACCAUGCCUCUUCAUUGUAUCCCGUCAAAGUCUAUUAUCAGGAUAACGAGAUAUCCUUGUUUCCUCCUCGUGAAGGUGACUCCUCAGAAACGUUUUUCCUUGAAGACGAGAAUCUUGCCUAUGAGCCCUUCGGGAAGCUUUUGGAAUCGUGUCGUGAAGUACUUCGUGAGCACAUAGCAGAUAGUGAGGUUUUGGUUAUGGACAUUGAUACUCUCAAUCUCCAACUAACUGAGGAUUCCUCACAAAUAUCUAAGGUGACUCUUUAUCAACUUGUCGACUUGUACCUGCGCUUGUGUCAUAACGACGGCACUGAUGAGCCUGAGCCGCUCUACCUGACUCUUAGCACCAAAUUGACCAUUGCCGCGGAGGUGUCUUAUCUUCUUGUAGCUGCGGAAGAAGGAAAGGGUUUGUCCGAGGUCCUUCCCUGGGAUGGCUACCAGGAAGCAGAAGAGCUUUCUCCAGAAAACUGGGAAGAGCCAGAUCAGGAACAAACCCAGGACGAACAGCUGCAGGAGACCGUGCCCCCCGAGAAUGAUCCUCAGCCCGAGACAUAUGACGUCCUCGACGAAAACCCCAGUGCUCCCGUCCCAGACGAACCGCAGAACGAUAACGACGAGCAGAAAGGGCAGGGUGAAUCUGUCUCUGCUUCGGAUAAUAAUGGUCUGGACGCUGGCCCCGCGGAAAACAAAGUGGAACCAAAUGAUGCAGAGAACAACGAUGACCAAGAAGCUGCUACCCGCGAGACCGACCAUGUCGAGCCUCGUGAGGACGGUUCCCUCGAUGAAGAGGCUUAUGAUUCAGAGGAGCAGAAGACGGAAUCAACGGGCACUAUAGCUCCAUUGCUCGGAGUUGACUCGGUAAAUGAGCAGCAAUCUGGUGACCAGUCUACUAAUAUCGCACUUGAUGAUCAUGAUGACCAUGAUGGACCUGGAGGGGACGACAGCUGUGAAGACAACCCUCAGGAUGAAACCGACCAGGGACCCGCUCAAAGUGUUACUUCCAAUGAAGCCAAACACGAUGUCAUCAGUGAUGUCAAUGGCAAUGAUGACGAAGCCGCGGAGCGAGAUGUAGAAGGGUACCAUGAGGAUAUACCGGAAGAAAACGCAGAGUCUCUGCAUUCCGAAGACGAAGGAGUUGCCGUUACUACAAUUGAUCCCGGGAACGACACCGAAGCGACACUCCAGGGUGAUGAUGGUGGCCUUGCCUUUGACCGUGCGGAGUCCAGCUUGGAGAAUAUUACAUCGGAACAGUCCGAAGGCCAAGCCCAACCAUCUGCAGGUGCUCCUGAUGUACUAGGUGCCACCGAGGAGCUUCAAAAAAGCCCCGUCAAAGAAUCUGCUUCGGGUCAAGGUGUUGAAAACACCAAUCCAUCGGGAGAGAUUCAGGAAGAGCCGGAGCAGGUUCCAUCUAUAGACCCUUCCAAAGACGAGCCGCUCGACUUGACGUUUGAAGACGACGAUGAGUAUCUGGACCUGGGUCUUGCGGAUGAGUUCAACUUCGCGGAUGAGGAACCCGCUCCGGAAUCGACGGGACUGGCUUCUACCAAGCGGCCACGUGAACCAGAAGAUGAGAUUGAGCUCGCCGAAAGUCCGACGCCGGAUGCCAAACGGUCGCGGUCCUCAUAG